AUGAAACCCCGCACCAACAACAAUCUGGCCCACGUAGAUAGCGCGUCGAUAAAAUCAAUCAGCUCCGAAGAUGUUAGCACGGCAACGGCGGCCGAGCGGCACGGGCAGGGAUGCUGCAGUGCCGAGGCGAAGAAUCCGGCCUUCAAACGGGGCCGUCAGAUCCAGCUGACGAAGAUGCUCAUUCUGCCGUUCAUCCCGAUCCUGGCCCUGAUAGUGCAGACAUCGAUCGAGAUGAUCGAUAUCGUCAGCUACCGAAUGGAGGCCACCGAGAUCGAGGGCCAAGUCACCAUGGCCACCAAUUUGGGCAAGGUCGUCACCAAGCUGCAGCUCGAGCGGUCGGAUGUGGCGUUCUAUAUCUACACCAACGGCGGCACGCUGAGGCGGAACUUGACCAAGGGUUUCCAAGAAACGGACCGAGCUCUGGAGAACAUGUCUUCGUGGCCGGAUCUGACCAUCGCCACGCUGAACGACGGAAAGGUAACGUGGUUGAACAUGAGCGAGUUCCGGGCCGAGUUGACCGAGUUCAGGGAUAACAUAUCGUCGGACAAUGGCGAAACGAGCACGGUGAGGGACGUGCUCCACUGGUACACGACCGUGAACGGGGCCUUGCUGGAACAUUUGACGAAUCAGAUCAAAGAUGCGAACAAGAGCGGCGUGUGGAGGUAUCUGCUGAGUUUUAAGAACAUGCUGAAAAGUAUCGAAAGUUUGGACAUUUCGGCCAUGUACGGGAUCAUCUACUUCGGACGGGGUGUUCUGCGUGUGGAACCGUAUGUAAACUACAUACAGCACGAUAUCGUGGGGAAGGAACUGCUAAACGGGUCGUUGAAUUACAUACCCAAACUAAAGUCAGCCUACAGAGAUUUGACCCGGGGGACAAAGGGCUACGGAAAGCUGAAACUGUGGAGCUCAACCAUUCGGUUGAACGUUCCAAUUGAUCCAGACAUAACGAUGGCCAGAGAAUACUACGAAGCGAUGGCCACCUACAUUGACGAGCUGCGGAAGCUACAGGACCGAAUCCGGUGGAUCAUCAGGGAAGAGGUCCAAAAAGUCUUGGACAAUGCCGACCGCAUGGAAACGUUUGGCAUUGGCAUCCUGAUAGUGGUGCUCAUCGUAUCACCCAUCAUAAUCAUUCUGGUGCGAAAUGCCGUUGCCACCAUCCAGAUGUACGCCGUCGACCUGGCGCAGAAGGCCAAAGAAUUGAAACGGGAAAAACGCAAAUCCGACUCACUCCUGUUCCAGAUGCUGCCACCGACGGUGGCCACCCAGCUGAAGCAGGCUCAAACCGUCCCAGCGGAGUACUACUCGUCCGUAACCAUCUUCUUCAGUGACAUUGUGGGCUUCACGGAAAUAGCUGCUGAAUGUACGCCCCUUGAGGUGGUCUCGUUCCUGAACGCCAUCUAUCGGAUGUUCGAUGAGCGUAUCGAGUGCUAUGACGUGUACAAGAUUGAAACCAUCGGAGACUCGUACAUGGUGGCCUCGGGACUGCCGGUGAAGAACGGCAUGCCUUGCGAAUGUGGGCUUUUCCAUGUUACAGGUAACAAGCACGUGUCGGAGAUUGCAACCAUGGCGUUGGAUCUGCUGGAUGCGUCCGGUUGCUUCAGUAUCCCGCACAAGUCUAACGAGCCGGUUGAAUUACGGGUAGGGAUCCACACGGGCCCAGUGGUGGCGGGAAUUGUUGGAACCAAAAUGCCGAGGUACUGCCUGUUUGGCGAUACAGUCAACACUGCUUCCCGGAUGGAGUCCACGGGAGAAGCGCUAAAAAUCCACAUUUCCACCGAGAUGAACGACGAACUGGUCAAGAUUGGUGGCUUCAAAACCGAACACCGGGGACUAAUCGACGUGAAAGGCAAAGGCCUCAUGGACACCUAUUGGCUGACCUGCAAGGAGGGAACCAUUCCGAACCACCACGGAGAAGUGGCCUGGUAUGCCGACAUACAACCCGUCUACCUGAAAAUUGUUUAAGGACAAACGAGAAUCUGAAUCACAAAUAUAGUACAGACACAAUAGAUACAAUACAAAACCAAAGCCUUAAAGUCAUAA